AUGAUAAUAUGGGGGUCCGGCAGGGGGUUGGGUACCUUGAUAAAUUUUUGGGCCAUUGGGUCUGGGGCUGGGUACAAAGGGAUGUGUGGGAGGGAGGGUGUAGAACUUGGAGAUGGGUGGUGGUGGAGGAAGGAAUGGGCGGGCUGCGAGUGGGGGUUGGGUGUGGAAGUGGUUGUGUAA